AUGUGUAUCAAAGCAGAGAACAUGAUCAACGCACUGAAAAGGAUCAUGCCAAAGAGCAAAGGGUUUAGAGAAAAGAAGAGACGGGUCAUCGCUACUGCGGUCCUAUCCGCAAUGGUAUAUGGAGCUCCAGUACGGGGAAAGGUAACCGAAGAAAAAAUGGUCAGGCGGAAAUUAGAUGGUGCAGGCAGGAAGCUUGCAAUUGACACUGUCUCGGCUUACCGGACAGUGUCAGCCAUGGCAGUGCAAGCCAUAGCAAGUAUACCACCCAUCGAUCUGGCGGUGAAAGAAAGAAUGGAGAUACAUGAAGCGGGAGAAAAAGGGAAAAUAGAAGCCAAAAACAGGCUAUAUGUUAAAUGGCAAGAAAGAUGA